UGAAUUGCGCAAUAGAAUAGAAGGUUGUAACUUGUAUGCAUAACGGCCUCGAUAAAGUCUGCAGAAACCUCCAACACUAGGACAGAAUUCGCAACCUUCUCCAGCUCUAUCAGAAUCUCUGAAUUUCCAGCUCUGUCCAGGGACUAGGUUUCCGUGCGAUUGAGAAUGAAGACUGAGGCGAUUGAGAGUCGGAGCAAUUGCUCGUCUUCAACCGAGGUAGAAUCCGGUUCACAAGGCAAGUCAGAGAAGGACUGUGAAAUGGAGAUGAGUUCCAAAGGCUCCGACCCUGCAAUCUGGGAAGAAAUUGAGCUUUCCGAGAGCUACCUUGUUUGCUCAAUGUAUGAGGAGGCAGCGUCAUCAGCCUCCUCUAUUUUGAAGCGUCUUUCUAAACAUAGUGAAGACCUUGAAGCCACAGACCAUUUUGAAUUGUAUGACAUGUUGGAAUCGGCUGGUAUGGUGCUUGUCCAAUCCUUAAGAGAACUUGGAAGGACAUCAGAAAUUAUGCACGAGCUCAAACUAUUAUUUGCUUUUGUUCCUACUAUCCCUGUUCAAGUUCUUCUCACUGGGAUAUGUUUUUAUAUGUCAGAAGGGCACUCUCUUGGUGUUCAAGAAUUUCUGGAAGAGUUCCUUAGCAGGUGGACUUUUGUCGAUGAACAAUAUGUUCUUAUUGGUACAGAAGAAAAUGCAGAUUACACGGAAAAAUGUGAUGGGCCUUUUCUUUUGGGAGUUGAUAAGUAUCUAGAAGUUGUUGAGGUCUAUGUUCUGAAACUUCUGGGAACCAUUUUGAAUGAUGUUGACCUUGCAUCCUCUUGGGUUGAGAAUGCUAAAUUACCUGAGGACAGAAGACAGGUACUUCUGAGAAGAUUACACUCAUUGCAUUCUGUUAAAGCCACUAAUUCCUCACAAGGUACCUUCUCAUCUUUGCUGGUGGACGACAAUGAAGCUCAUUCAUCAUGUUUGCAGCAGAUAACUGUGCCAGACGGAUAUCCAAAAACCAAAUACCCCCCAAAGGGAGACACUGCUAAGAACCAAGCAGUUUUUUAUUUAUCUAAAAGAUUGGAACCAUGUUUCUGGUGGUUCCGUACCAUCACUCUGAAAUUUGGAAGUUCUCGGGUGGUAAUAUCUAAUGGAAAGAUUGUCCUGGGCUUCUUGAUUCUGCUCAUAUAUUAUGUUUUCCGGAGGAAACAAGCUACCAUAAAGAGAAUUGUUCGGAGACAAACUUUAUCAAUGAAGAAUGCUCUGGUAGACUUGUGGCAGCUUGCAUUUUCAUACCAGGUGAAUCCUUUAGCUGCUGUUCAACCUCUCGCGACUGCAACAAGGUCAGGCCAGUGAUAAAGCUUUAGACAUUCUCCAUUGAGGAUUCUUUGCUAUAACAACCAACCGCUAACAGCAGAACAUUCUCUUCAGUGAAAAUGCAAUAAGUAUGAACAAAUCCUGGUAAGAGUGCUAUUAGUAUGCACCAAAUUCGCAGUGAUUGUGCUAUUUUACCAGUGCAAUAUAGGUUCUGACGUUGGAUUAGGAAACCAUAUUUUUGCUAUUUUGUUUUGGUUGGGUUUUUAUAGGUCACAUCACGUGUAGAUUUAAUGAUCUCUUUUUAGUACGUUUAAAAGAUGAAUUGCAGUUUUAAAUUAACGAAACAUUAUACAUAAGCCAGCAA